GAUUUGAAAAUAAUUACGAAGAUAUUGACAGAUAGAUACCUCUACAAGAUAUCUCUUUGGUUACAUUAGCAGGUCAUAGCGGGCAACAAAAUGAUUACUUCAGAGUUACCAGUGUUACAGGAUUCUACAAAUGAAACUACUGCACAUUCAGAUGUUGGUAGUGAAUUGGAAGAAACGCAACUGAAGGGGAAAAGAAAACGUGGUCGUCCUGGUAGACCUCCAUCUGCCAAUAAGAAGCCUCGAAAGACUCCAGGAGAGAAGUUUCGCUCUGAAACUGGAAUUAGAGGAACAGGCCGAGGAAGAGCUAAUGGCCAUCCUCAGCAGAAUGGAGAAGGGGAUCCUAUUACUUUGUUUGAUGUUGUGAAGAUGGGCAAAAGUGCUAUGCAGUCCGUGGUAGAUGACUGGAUUGAAUUGUAUAAGCAAGACAGGGAUAUAGCACUACUGGAUUUAAUCAACUUCUUCAUCCAAUGUUCAGGAUGCCGAGGAACUGUGCGGAUUGAAAUGUUUAGAAACAUGCAAAAUGCAGAAAUUAUCAGGAAAAUGACUGAAGAAUUUGAUGAGGACAGUGGUGAUUACCCACUUACAAUGCCUGGACCACAGUGGAAAAAGUUUCGAUCAAAUUUUUGUGAAUUCAUAGGAGUACUAAUACGACAAUGUCAAUAUAGCAUCAUCUAUGAUGAAUAUAUGAUGGAUACAGUGAUCUCAUUGCUGACUGGUUUGUCAGAUUCGCAGGUUCGAGCUUUCAGACAUACCAGUACACUUGCUGCUAUGAAGCUUAUGACUGCUCUUGUGAAUGUUGCCUUAAACCUGAGUAUUCAUCAGGAUAAUACACAAAGACAGUAUGAAGCUGAAAGAAACAAAAUGAUUGGUAAAAGAGCUAAUGAAAGACUGGAGCUGCUUCUUCAGAAACGGAAAGAGUUGCAAGAAAAUCAGGAUGAAAUUGAAAAUAUGAUGAAUUCCAUUUUCAAGGGAAUAUUUGUCCAUAGAUAUCGUGAUGCUAUUGCUGAGAUUAGAGCUGUUUGUAUUGAAGAAAUUGGAGUGUGGAUGAAAAUGUACAGUGAUGCCUUCCUGAAUGAUAGUUAUUUAAAAUAUGUUGGUUGGACACUUCAUGACAGACAAGGUGAAGUGAGGUUGAAAUGUCUGAAAGCUUUGCAGAGUUUGUAUACCAACAGAGAAUUGUUCCCCAAAUUGGAGCUAUUUACAAAUAGAUUUAAGGAUCGCAUUGUAUCAAUGACACUUGAUAAAGAAUAUGAUGUUGCUGUAGAAGCCAUUCGAUUAGUCACACUUAUACUUCAUGGAAGUGAAGAAGCUUUGUCCAAUGAAGACUGUGAGAAUGUUUAUCAUUUGGUAUAUUCGGCUCAUCGACCUGUUGCUGUAGCAGCAGGGGAAUUCCUUCACAAAAAACUAUUUAGUCGGCACGAUCCUCAAGCAGAGGAAGCACUAGCCAAGAGGAGAGGACGGAAUAGUCCAAAUGGGAAUCUUAUUAGGAUGCUGGUCCUUUUCUUUCUUGAAAGCGAGUUACAUGAACAUGCUGCUUAUUUGGUGGAUAGUUUAUGGGAAAGCUCUCAAGAACUGUUAAAAGACUGGGAAUGCAUGACAGAAUUGCUACUAGAAGAACCUGUCCAAGGUGAAGAAGCAAUGUCUGAUCGUCAGGAAAGUGCACUUAUAGAGUUAAUGGUAUGUACAAUUCGACAAGCUGCAGAAGCACACCCUCCAGUGGGCAGAGGAACUGGCAAGAGAGUUUUAACAGCAAAAGAAAGAAAAACUCAGAUAGAUGACCGGAACAAGCUAACAGAACACUUUAUUAUUGCACUUCCCAUGCUCCUAUCAAAGUAUUCUGUUGAUGCAGAGAAGGUGGCAAAUCUUCUUCAAAUUCCUCAAUAUUUUGACUUAGAAAUUUACAGUACAGGAAGAAUGGAGAAGCAUUUGGAUGCUUUGUUGAAACAGAUUAAAUUUGUUGUAGAGAAGCAUGUGGAAUCAGAUGUUCUUGAAGCCUGCAGUAAAACAUACAGCAUUCUGUGCAGUGAAGAAUAUACCAUUCAGAAUAGGGUUGACAUAGCUCACAGCCAGCUCAUUGAUGAAUUUGUGGAUCGAUUCAACCAUUCUGUGGAGGAUCUAUUAAAUGAGGGAGAAGAAGCUGAUGAUGAUGAUGUAUACAAUGUUCUUUCUACUUUAAAGAGAUUAACGUCAUUUCACAACGCUCAUGACCUUACAAAAUGGGAUUUGUUCAGUAACUGCUACAGGUUAUUGAGGACAGGAAUUGAACAUGGAGCUAUGCCAGAACAGAUAGUGGUUCAGGCUCUUCAGUGUUCCCAUUAUUCUAUUCUUUGGCAGCUGGUAAAAAUUACAGAAGGAUCUCCUUCAAAAGAAGAUUUAUUGGUAUUAAGGAAAACAGUCAAAUCAUUUCUGGCUGUCUGCCAACAGUGUCUGUCAAAUGUCAACACUCCAGUAAAAGAGCAGGUAACAGAAAUCACUUAAACACAUAAAACAUGACGGCA